AUGUCUACAGCUUCUCCCCUUCACCACGGCCAUGGCAACACCAGCUACGCCAACUCUCCCGCCCCCACUGGCGUGACUGGCCGAGACGCUGGCGUCGCAGCAGCAGCUGUCGCUGAUUCUGCCGUCCGCUCUGGCUCCGUGCCUGGCUCCGCGUCUGGCAGCGCUCCCGGCUCGGCCUCUGGAUCCAUGUACGGCGAAGGACACGCGGCUCAUCACGCUGGCCACCACCACCACUCGGCUCACCACGCCCACUCGCACGGAGCGCUCGCCAGCCCCGUCAACGGUGGUCACAGCUCGAGCUGGUCGCCCUACGGCUACCCUUCUGCCCCCGUCUACGGAGGCAGUCCCAGCCCUUAUGGUCACAACGCCUACUCGCAGUAUGCAAGCGGCUACGGUUACCCUACCGGCACCGCCCAUCACGUCGCCACUGCCCCCACUACGCCGUCUGCCACUGGCACCGCCUACCAUGCCGGUGUCAACGGCAUGAUGAUGCACCACGGACAGCAUGCUGGCUACGGCUACGGCAGCCACCACCUCGGAUCGCACACGCCCACCCACACCCACAACCACUCGUCCACCUACUUCAUGAACGGCGACGGCUCUCACAGCCAUCUCAAUGGCUCCGCACACCUCUCGUCUCCUUCGUACACCACCGCUCCUCAAUACUCGACCCAGCUUCCCCUCGCUGGACGACACCGCGUCACCACUACGCUGUGGGAGGAUGAAGGCACGCUCUGCUUCCAGGUCGACGCCCGCGGCGUCUGCGUAGCUCGAAGGCACGACAACAACAUGAUCAACGGCACAAAGCUCCUCAACGUCUGCGGCAUGUCGCGUGGCAAGCGAGACGGAAUCCUCAAGAACGAGAAGGAGCGAAUCGUCGUCAAGGUCGGCGCCAUGCAUCUCAAGGGUGUCUGGAUUUCGUUUGCCCGUGCCAAACAGCUCGCCGAGCAGAACGGAAUCGCUGACGCGCUCUAUCCUCUCUUUGAGCCCAACAUCCAGUCGUUCCUCUACCACCCUGACAACUACCCGAGGACCGCUGCCGUUAUUGCAGCCGCUCAAGAGCGACAGGCGCAGCGCCAGCGAGCUCCUGGACAGCCCAGCCCAGGCGCCAAUGGCGCUUCGCAAGCACCUCCGCUCAUGCGCGCCAACACCACCCCAUCCAACGGCGACACGGCGGGGUUUGGUAGCGGACUGAGCAGCAGCACCAGCUGGACCGGCUCUCACGACCAGGGCCACGCCUCGGCUCCCACUACGACCCAGCCCUCGCCCUCGUCGAUGCACAACGGUGCUGCCACGCAGAUGCACAUGAGCCUUUCGAGCCACGGUACCGCCUCGCCCACCUACUCCCAGCAGCAGCAGCAGCAGUACCCCAUGACCGCAGCGCAGCAACUCGCGCGUCCUGCCGCUGGCGAUCGCCGCCAAUCAGCUCCGAUCUCGCUCAACAACAGCGUCGGCCACGCUGAGAACCCCUACGGUGCCACCAAUCUCGGUGCUGCAGCCAACGCAAGUCUCGUGAACGGAGCACGCAAGGUCUCUGGCCUGAAGCGUUCUUGGAACGAUGGCGAGGACCUCAAUGGAUCCGUCACUGCCUCGCCCUCGGAGCGCGACAUGCAGCGAAGCGGCAGCGGUGCUUCCAACGGCUACAAAUUCGAAGGCGACGACUCGCACAGUCCUGACACCUCGGACGACCGCCUGUCCAAGAAGAGCAAGGGUGUGGCUCAACGCGGUGGCGCUAGUGCUGCCACCUCUGGUAUGCCCUCCCUGUCGAACAACAUGCUCAUGGGCGUUGGCAACGGCAACGGCAUCCACCACGAGUGA